AUGGGGAGCACGGGCAGCCAGCACCCCUCCAAGAGAGGCCCCGAGUCCGCCCCAGGCGCCCACGGCGUGGUUCCGCCUGCUUUCAUGGAGUUUCAAGUCCACGGCACCGCACUGUGCCCGAGUGGUGUUGGCCUCCGUGGCACGUCUGUGGGCGGCUGGGUGGGGGGAGGAGGGGUCGGCAGCUUCCACCAGGUCCCCAGGGGGCCCGUGACCCCAAGUGCGGAGUCCGUGUGGGUGGCCUCGAAGCGUCUCCAGCAUCCCCCGUCCACGACCUCGGCUCCAAAGUUGCCUCCUGGAGCUUUGAGCGGUCGCCCCCGGAGCCCUCCCGCCCCGUCCCCGCUGUGCCUUCCGUGUCCAGACGUGUCCGUUCUGGAGUUUCACACGAGUGGGAUCCCACGCCGUGUGGCCCUUGCGUCGGGCUUCUCAGCACGUGCCAGGCUCGUGGGUUCCGUGGCGCGUGUCCGUGCCGCCCGGGGUGGGUCUGCCUCGUCCUGUCUGUUCCGCAACCGGCGGACGUCGGGUCGUUUCUACCCUCUGGCUGUCGUGAACCCUGCGAACGCCCGCCCAGAUUUUUCCGCGGACGCGGACGCUCACUUCUCUCAGGGCCGUGAAGUGAUACGUGCUGGUUUUGAAAGAGCCGGUGGAUCAGAAGCACGAAAGCCGACGAGAAAGCGGUGCGUCUCGCGUCCCACCGCCUGGCGUUUGCAGGGCUCCUGCGUGCCCGCGACGCCCCGCCGUCCACAGGGGCGAGGGUGCACGGGCCUGCACAGAGCGGCUCCCGCCAGGCCAGCGCGUCCUCGAGGUCAAGCGUGCUGGGGGCUGAGUUACGUUCAACACUUACAACAAGACACGUACACUUUGGACAAGACUAUUUUUUACCGCGCUUUUGGGUUCACGGCAAUAUUGAGAGGAAAGCACCGCGUUUGCCCGUGGACCCCUGCCCUCACAGCGGGCUCCCCGCCACGGACACCCCACCGGGUGCUUCACUUGUCGCAGACCCACACGGACGCGUCGUCGUCACGCAGAGCCCGGAGCGUGCACGGGGCCGUCCGUCCCGUGGGUUUGGACAGACGUGUGAUAGCACGCACCUGCCGUUCCGUCUCCCACGCCGUGUGCUCGCCGCCCUACCAUCCCGAGCACACAGUUUCGUGUCCGUGCCGUGUGCGGGCCCAGGACGGGUGCCCGCCCGCCGCCAAGUGGGAUUCCGCGGUACGGUGACCGCGGUUUGUAACAGAACUGGCUCACUUACGGUGUCUCCAAGAGUAAACACGGAAAUACCACGCGGCACAGCCUGUCCGCUCCUGGGUCCGCGCAGGAAGGCGCUGACGGCGGGCACUGGAAGACGGAUGGUCGGACACCCGCCGCCCGUGGCUACGGUUCACGACCGCCACCUGUGCGCCCACCGAUGUGCGGGUCGGCGAGGUGGCAUUGCCACGCCACGGGAUAUUGUUCAGGCACAAAAAGGCCUCAGGCGCCCACACGCACCGCCACGUGGAUGGGCCUCAACGACGUGCACGUCGGAAGGGCGUUGGCGUGAUGGUGCGGGUGGGGGGCCGGGGGCCGGGCGGCCCGCUUGCUGGGUGCGGAGCCUCAGGCUGGCAAGACGGUGCAUUUUGGGGGCCAGUCGUGAUGGAAUGUGCCAGGGGCGCCCGGGGGGCUCAGCCGGUUACGCGGCCGACUUCGGCUCAGGUCACGAUCUCGCGGUCUGUGGGUUCGAGCCCCGCGUCGGGCUCUGGGCUGAUGCCUCGGAG